AGUGACAAGUAGUUUUAAAUUGAACAGUUUUAGAAGCUUGAAAACAUAAUUGAUUUUGUUCUUGUUAUUAAUUUAAAUAAAAUUUAAUUAAAAUGACGGAUGUAAUGUAUAACAAUCAAUUAGCAUCCAACUUUCUGACACCAGAUUUUUUGAAUACCGAAUUAAGUACCGGCACAACAAUAAUGGCCUGUGAAUUUAAAGAUGGGGUUAUCUUUGGUGCAGAUUCAAGAACUAGUAGCGGGAUUUACGUCGCCAAUCGAGUAACUGAUAAAUUAACUCGUGUUACUGAUUCAAUCUAUUGCUGCCGCUCUGGAUCUGCAGCUGAUACACAAGCUAUUGCUGAUAUUGCAUCUUAUCAUUUAGCGUUCCAUGAAAUGGAGUUGGGCGAGCCACCACUAGUUGAAAUUGGAGCGUCUGUAUUUCGUGAAAUGUGUUACAAUUAUCGAGAUUCAUUGACGGCUGGAAUUCUUGUAGCUGGUUGGGAUAAACGCAAGGGUGGGCAAGUCUAUUGUAUUCCAAUUGGUGGUAUGUGUACUCGUUUACCAAUCGGUAUUGGUGGAUCCGGUUCAACAUAUGUAUACGGUUAUGUUGAUGCAAAUUACAAACCAAAUAUGGAAAAAGAAGAAUGCAUUAAUUUUGUUGUGAACACGGUUGCAUUGGCUAUGUCUCGAGAUGGAUCAUCUGGAGGUUGCGUACGUGUGGGUAUUAUUACUAAAGAUGGAAUUGAACGUAGAGUUAUUUUGGGUACUGAAUUACCAAAAUUCUUUGAAGGUUAAUUUACUUUUUUUUCAUUUAUCAUU